AUGUCUGACGAGGGAUUUGAGUCUCUUUUCAAAGAAGGAGAAUAUCAAACUCCUGAUGACACAGCUCAAGAAAUACAACAUCAGCUACGUGAAGCUUUGAAGCCUGGUGGAGCAACAAAGGCAAAACAGGCUACAACUCUAUCUGGGGAAAAACCUCCGAAAACACGAAGAAGGGACACCUAUACCCAAAGAGCAGAUAGUUUUGAAGAAGCUUGA